AUGCGGUCGAUGGACAAGGACGACGCGACGCUGGCCGCGUCGUUGCGAGACGACUCCGACUUCGACGCGGCGAUGGCGCUACUGACGCCGUCGGCCGACGUCAAGCAGCUCCUUCCGUCGCUCGGCGUGCUCCUUGGUGAGUCGUUGCACCCAUUUCUGUGCGCCGUCGUGGCCAAGGAAGUCCAAGAAGCCGCCGAGACGCCAAGCAUCGAGCUCUUCCGCGCCAACUCGCCCGGCAUGCGCCUGCUCAGCGAGUUCUCGUACCUUGUCGGCGACGCGUACUUUCGCAGCGUGCUGCUCGCGCCGCUCGAGUCGCUGUACGACAGCAGCGAGAGCUACGAAGUCAACGAGAACGUGUCGCUGGACGUCCUCAGCGCCAACCAAGCGCGGCUCCAAGCCACAGCCCAGGCGAUUCUCGACAGUCUCCUGGCAGCCGAGUGCCCGGCGCCGCUGGCGCGCGUCUGCCUCGCGUUUCGCCGCUGCGUCGCGACAACGUUCCACACGUACACGGACGCCGCACUCGGCGGCUUCCUCUUCCUGCGCGUGCUCUGCCCCGCGGUCGUGGUGCCAGCCAAAGUACGUCUCUUUCCCGGUCGACCCAUGCCGCCGAUCGCCCGCCGCGCGACCGUCCUCGUCGCCAAGCUGCUGCAGAAUCUCGCCAACAACGUGCUCUUCGGCGCCAAAGAAGAGUACAUGACGCCCUUCAACGGCUUCAUUCGGAAAAACUACGCGGCCGUCGUCGCCCUCUACGACCGCAUUUGCGCGAGCACGACCGAGGUCGCUCCGUACACGCUGCCGACGUCCAUGUCCCUUCCAGCCGCGCUCGAGGUCGUCAAGCGCGAGCGCGCCAAGGCAGCGCCCAUCAACAAGACGGAGCUGCUCCUGGCGCAGUCGACAGAGCCCACGGUGCUCAUGUCGGCGCCAAUCGACCGGUCGUCGCACACGAGCCACCGCCAGAGCAACGUGCGCGAUCGCACGUCGCAGCUCACGCGGACCUUUGGCACGUUCGUGCAGCGCAGCAGCACUUUUUUCAUGACGUCGCGCGGCGAAGGCUCGUCGACGCGCGCCGAGACAACGCGUCACGGGCCGCUGCCGUGGCGCGACGUGAAAGCGCGCAUGGGCAGCCUCAACACCAAUGACGUGCGUCUGCGGCAUAGCCAGUACAUGGAUUGCAUCCAGCGCGGCGUCGCGUACCUGACAACAGCGUCGGCCGAGAACGACGACGCCUCGUCGUGGCGGCCGCUCAAGCAGAAGCACGGCGUGCAGCUCUGGACGCGCGACGUCCAAAACAUCUCCGAAGUCCGCGCCUCGGUGCUCGUUCGCACCGACAAAAAAGUGUGCUUUAGCUACCUCUGCUCGUCGCGCGGCCGAAAGACUUGGGGUCCGGGCUGGAACUACGAGCGGUACCGCUGCCCGAGCCAUGUCCUUGAGGUCGAGCUCGUCGACCAUACCACCCGCGUCCUCUACAAGUCGACGAACGGCAGCAGCCGGCUAUGGAGCUUCAGCGCGGACCUCGAUAUUGCGCUCUUGGAGAGCGCUGGCUACGACGCCGACCGACCCGCGACGCUCGUGUUUCAGAGCGUCUCCCGCAGCGACGUGCCACCGGUGCAAGGCUGCACGCGCGUCGAGCUCCGCGCGAGCGGCUUUGUGCUGCGCGGCGAGGGCCCGGCAGAAACGAGGCUCUCGGUCGUCUACCGCUCCGACAUGGGUCAGCACGCAAGGUGGACUAAGCACGCGCUAGCCCUUGCGCGCGUCAAACUCGACCUCGAGACGUAA